UUAAAGCCGAUAUUUUCUAUCGAACUAGUCUAUUUUCUGUUCAGACACAAAGUUUUCUGAUGGUGAUAUUAUGACAGUGUGUGUUUGUGUGGGGGUCGUGUGAUGUAAUCUUUGAAAGUUUAUGACCGAACCUUUAUUGGGGAGCGACAAGAGAUCUCCGGCAUCAGUUUGUAUGGAGCAGAGCUGUUAUACUCAAGUCUAUUGCGAAAUUGUCUAAACUGGUAUUAACUAUUCCUGGUAAAUCGCGGAGAAGAGUGGAAUGAACAAAAAGUCAGACCGUGACUAGAACCAUCAGCAGCGUAACAAGGAAAUCUUGGAACAAAAGAGACACCGAGUGGCUCGUGUUGUCCGGUUUGGAUAUCAACGGCAAAGCGAACGUUGUGUGUACUAUUGCAAAAAUAUAUACUGGAUCUCCACGGUUAGGAUACAGACCACAACACUUUGGACGUAUCUUUAAAAAAGAGAAAAAUCUGAGACUUUUUGGAUUUGUCUGGGACAUUUUAAACAUUUUGUGACAUAUUGGAUUUAAAACAUUUCGGAUACUGGAUACCUGUGUUGAUUUGUCCACAGAGCUGAUCGCUUUUUAAAAUCACAAGGGUAAGUGUCUAAAUACAUUUUUUUUUCAUCGCUCAUAUAAUCCGUUUUUUUUUACUCAUUUUGGCUUAGAGUUUUUCAUUGUUUUAAAUAUAUUGUUUUACUGCUAUUUUAAACUUGUGUUCUUGUUAUAUUUUUGGUUUAUUUUUCAUCGUUUAUAUAAUCCGUUUUUAUACUCAUUUUGGUUUAGAGUUUUUCAUUGUUUUAAAUAUAUUGCUUUACUGUUGUUUUAAACUUGUGUCCUUAAUACCUAUUGGUUUAUUUUUUUCAUCGUAAUCCGUUUUUAUAAUCAUUUUGGUUUAGAGUUUUUUCAUUGAUUUAACUAUAUUGUUUGUUUUUUUGGUUUAGUUUUAUUGUGUUUACAUUGUUUGAUUAUUUGAAUAUUUUGGGGUUUCACUGUGUUUCCGAAUAUUGUGUUAGAAAUGGCCCAAAAACGUAAUUCGGACUCUGGUUGUAGUCAUGCGAAUAAAAUUAUAAGGCGCAAUGAAUCCCCGCUUGAUAUAUUUGAUUACGAAUUGGGAAUGCAAUUACUGAUAGAAACUGUCAGAGCUAUGAAUGGAAAUCAACGUAAUUCAGCCGAAUUCGCAGAAUUGAUAAGUAUGCUCGAUCCCAUUUCACAGCCCCCUCCAGAGCCGACUAUGGUCUUAGAUCCUGAUGUUUUAAAUAUGCAUCAAGUUUUUGAGGUUCCAGAAGCUGGAUUUAUCAAUAAUCAAAUUGAACCAGAGGCUCCAGUCGUUGAUCUAAACGACGGGGCAUCCGAGAAUUUACAUGUUCAACACGGUGGUGAGGGGUCGGCCGACCCCCACCACAAUUCUGAAAUGGCUGAUAUGGGUCUAACGUCCGAAGACGUUGAGAGGCUUGUGAGAGACGGGGGUGAAUUUAAUGGUUAUACCGUCGUUCCUCGUACAAGAUUUAACAGUGUGGAAAUACUUAGGAGUUUAAAUCUGAGGGCAAUAGCUUCUACAGAUAUGGCAUCGUACGUGCUAUUUUUGGAUAGUGUUCUGAAUGAAAUAGUCUCUCUAUCUAGAAUAUUAGGGGGGUCAGGUGGAAUUAUAAAUGUUUUAUUACGGGGAGAGUCGUUAAUGUCGGAUAUAAAUGCGAUGCUAACGCCCGCUAACGAUUAUAGCGUCUCCGCGCUGUCAGACCAGCUUGAAAGAGUCAUGCAAAGCAACAGGGCCGUGCGCGUUGAUGACAAUCUGAUGUUAAACGUGUCUAUUGUCAGAAGCAAAAACGGCGGUGGUGGUGCUCGCAGAAAAUUCAGCGAUCUAGCACACAAUGAGGUUAUAAAAAGAAAUAGAAUGAAUCUUUUUUGCCCAACAAAUAUGUCCGACAAGCUAUGCUUCGCACUUUGUCUGUCACAUUUUUUGAACCCCCAAAAAACAGACCCAGAAUUAAUGCCCAUAGCUGCUGACAUUCAAAAAAAGGCUGGAUUUUCAAUCCAAGAUAUGAUACGAUUUAAUGACGUCGCAUUGUUUGAGAGAUUGCUAAACAUCAAAAUUGUAGUUUUUCACAGAUCAAGCACUGGUGGUUUGGAAAAAUACAUGACAAAAAACAAGCCCCACUACAAGACGGUGUUUCUCUAUCUGUCAGAUAGUCAUUACUUUAUGAUAAAAAAUUUGAGGGCCUUUAUCGGGUGCAAGUACGUCUGCGACUAUUGCUACAGUGGUUUUUCUAAUAAAAGAGAUCAUAAAUGCAGAUACGCAUGCGACAUAUGCAAUGCCCCCGAUUGUUACAAACACACCACGAAGACGAUACACUGCGCUGAUUGUUUGAGGUACUGUAAAUCCCAAUAUUGUUAUGAUAUGCAUAAAAAACCUCCGUUGAGUCACCAGUUUGCCCAGUGCGACGUGACCAAAUACUGUCCAACGUGUAAUCGACGCUAUUACAUUAGCGGUGACAAACCAAAACCGCACAAAUGCAAACCGGAGAAGUGUCUGCAUUGUGGCAUGGAGAUGAUACCCGAUGCACCUCAUCAAUGUUUUAUUCAGCCCUUAAGGCUCGAGACACCCAGUGAGAAGUACAUCUUCUAUGAUUUUGAGACGCGUUACGAGGGUGGGAAGCAUGUUGCAAACUUUGUUUGCGCCAUCACUUUUGCGGGUGAAGAAUUCACAGCAGAGGGCCCCGACUGCGUAGCACAACUCGUGCAGAGAUUCAGACACCCUAGGUACACCGAUUACACAUGGAUAGCCCACAAUGCUUCUGGCUUUGACAAUUUUAUUCUUUUGGAAUAUUUCACAAAAGUGGGGCUCGCUCUUAAAAUCACGAUGCAAGGCUGUCGUCUGAUAUUUAUGUUUGACGAAAGCUACAAGCAAAGAUUUAUCGAUAGCUUCUCAUUUCUCCCAAUGAGUCUAGCCAAGACAGCAUCUGCCAUGAAUCUGACCUGUGCAGAGAAGGGCUAUUUUCCACAUCACUUUAACCGGGUGGAGAAUGAAAACUACAUAGGCCCCUAUCCGGACAAAAAAAUGUACGGAUAUGACACAAUGUCAGAGAAGACCAGGGAACAGUUUGAUGAAUGGUACAAGACCGUAGAGUGUGAAGUAUUUGACUUUAAAAAAGAGUUGGCACUUUACGGCAAGAACGAUGUUGUUUUGUUGAGAGAGGCGUGCAUGAAAUAUCGUGAUGAGUUUAUACAGUGCACCGCGCUUGACCCCUUCAGAUACACAACUCUGGCAUCGUGCUGCAUGGCCGUGUACAAGACCCAUUAUCUGGAGAGAGACACCUUAGCGCUGACGCACAACGGUGCUUAUCUGACUAAGAACAAAGCCUAUUCAAACGCAUCCAUCGAAUGGCUUGAAUAUGUCAGUCAUUCGCGAGGCGUCGAUGUCCAGCACGCGCUAAAUCGUGGUGAAAUGUCGUUCGGAUCCUACCAUGUGGAUGGUGCUUUCCAGAAAGAUGGUCAAACUUAUAUUUUGGAGUUCCUAGGAUGCUUGUGGCACAGUCAUACUUGCAAAUAUAAUGAAUAUGAUAUUCAUCCUGUGACAAAAUUGACGCACGCUGUACACAGAAGACAGCAUGAGGCCAAAAUGGAUGUUUUGGAGAAGUCGUAUGGGUUGAAUGUUGAGGUUAUGUGGGAGUGUGAAUGGGACGCUGCUAAGCAGUCUGAUCCUAACGUAAUAGCGUUUAUGUCCACUUACACGCACCCCGAGAGACUGAAACCCCGCGACGCUCUAUUUGGCGGACGCACUAACGCUUACAAACUUUACCAUAAAGCCGCCGAAGGUGAGAAAAUCAGAUAUGUCGAUUUUACAAGUCUGUAUCCCUUCUGUCAGGCCAAGAAGUGCUACCCGAUAGGACAUCCCCAGAUAAUUUUAAAGGAUUUUGAACCCCUUGAAAAUUAUUACGGGCUUAUCAAAGCAUCAGUGUUACCCCCAAGAAACCUGCUGCACCCCGUGCUCCCAUACAGAGCCAAUAAUAAACUGAAUUUCCCUCUCUGCGCAACCUGCUGUGAGCAGCAGAAUCAGUCUACCCCCUGCGAUCACACAGAUGAGCAGCGAACGCUUUCAGGGUGUUGGGUAAGUCUCGAGCUGUUAAAGGCUAUCGAGAAGGGUUACAUUGUGACAAAAGUGGACGAAGUGUGGCAUUUCCCCCAAUCCUCAGAAACCUUGUUUUGUGAAUAUGUCAAAACAUUUUUACAAUACAAGCAAGAGGCCAGUGGGUACCCCGCACACGUAGUGACAGAUCAGGAUAAAGAUGCCUACAUUGCUGAUUACUUUGAGAAAGAGGGGAUACAAAUGAAUCCUGAUAAGAUAAGCCUUAACCCCGCGAGACGAUCUAUCAAUAAGCUGCUGCUAAACAGUUUGUGGGGUCGUUUUUCUAUGAGAGAAAAUAUGCCCACCACAGUGUUGCUUUCAGAUCCGGAAGAGUUUACGAGAUACAUUUUUGGCAUGGCGUACGAGAUUAAACACUUUUCGUUUGUGUCAGACAACGUAGCUCUAGUGCAAUGGAUCCAUCCGAACGGCAAAGGCUCGCGCACGCGUGACAUAAACAUAUUUCUCGGCGCCUUUACCACAGCUCACGCGCGUCUAGAGUUGUAUGAUCUUAUGGACAGGCUGAAUGAACGUGUACUUUACAGCGAUACCGACAGCGUGAUUUUCACGUCUAAAGACGGCGAGUGGGACCCUCCGCUGGGGCCGUAUCUAGGUAAUCUGACUGAUGAAAUUGGGGAUGAUGAUUUUGCGGUCGAGUUUGUGUCGUGCGGCCCAAAAACAUACGCUUACCGUACCGCAAAGGGGCGUUCUGUCCUAAAGGCCAAAGGCAUCGUGCAAAAUUAUACAAACUCCCAAAUUAUCACAUUAGACACACUGGUUGAUCUUGUCCGUGAUUAUGUUAAUGAGGGUGAUCGUGACAGGCACGUGUUAGCUUCUGCUGACAGCAUUGUGAGGAAUAAAAGACAACUCACACUCCACAACAAGACAGUUGUGAAGAAGUUUAAACUCGUAUACAACAAACGAGUAAUAAACAAAGAAAAUCUGACGACGUUACCGUAUGGAUUCUGA